GCUCCUCACCGUCUUCUUCGCCGCUUAAACCUUAAACCCUCCAAAAGUAAAACCCUAGCAACUGAAGUAGCAGCAUUUGCCUCACAUUCCGUACAUUCCAACCAUGAAGAACAAGAAGAAAGGAGGCUCAGCUCCCAAGGGACCUAAGGGAGCCAAAAAGAGCAAGACUUACUCUCUCAAUGAAGACUCGUUUUUUAGCACUGAAUCGAAGAAACGCCGAAAAAUCGACCGUGAUGAGAUAGAGAGCGAUUCAGACGACGACUAUGGCGUCGUUGGGUCGGAUGGCGAGGGCGGUGGAGAGGAAGCUGAGGAGGCUGAGGCUAUAGAAGAAACUGCAGAUGAGAAGAGGAAGAGGAUAGCGCAAGAGUACUUGGAGAAGGUUCGAGGAUUAGCGAGGAGGGAGAAGGAAGAUGAGGAGGAUGAGAGUGAUGAAGAAGGUGAGAAGGAAGGCGAGAGAGACUCGCUUGUUGCCAAGAUUUUGCAGCAGCAGCAGCUCGAGGACAGUGGCCGAGUUCGCCGUGCCAUUGCUUCUAGGGUUCAAAAGCCUGAAUCUACUGAUGAAUUUCGGAUCUCAGUGAAGCAUCGACAAUCUGUUACUGCUGUGGCUCUGUCCGAGGAUGACUUCAAGGGCUUCUCAGCUUCUAAGGAUGGCACCAUUCUUCACUGGGAUGUAGAUAGUGGGAAAAGUGAAAGGUAUCUAUGGCCCCGUGAUGAAGUAUUAAAGUCUCAUGGGGUUAAGGAUCCACAAGGUCGAGCUACAAAGCAUAGUAAACAUGUGUUAGCUCUAGCAGUUAGCUCCGAUGGUCGGUAUUUGGCAAGUGGAGGCUUAGAUCGCCAUAUUCAUUUGUGGGAUACUCGUACACGAGAGCAUAUUCAGGCUUUUCCAGGUCAUAGAGGCCCCGUUUCAUGUUUAACUUUCAGGCAAGGGGCAUCGGAACUUUUUUCUGGUUCAUAUGAUCGAACAGUUAAGAUAUGGAAUGUUGAAGAUAGAGCUUACAUAGAUACAUUAUUUGGUCACCAAGGAGAAGUAUUAAGUAUUGAUUGCCUACGAAAAGAACGGGUUUUGUCUGUUGGACACGAUCGAAGCAUGCAGUUAUUUAAGGUUCCAGAGGCGUCACGUUUAGUAUUCCGUGCCCCUGCAUCUUCUUUGGAAUGUUGUUGUUUUAUUAGCAAUGAUGACUUCUUAUCCGGCUCUGAUGAUGGAAGUGUUGAGCUUUGGAGCAUGCUGCGAAAGAAGCCUGUUUGCAUAGUUAAGAAUGCUCAUCCUUGUUUGGCUGCACGCAAAAAUGUAGAACAGAAGGAUGGUGAUAGAAUUCCGAAUGGUCACAUAGAAAAUGGUGACCACACUUCUCAAAGUUAUGAUUGUUCAUCAACAUAUUCUUGGAUCAGUUCAGUCACUGUUUGCAGAGGCAGUGACCUUGCUGCAUCAGGAGCUGGUAAUGGCUCUGUUCGUUUAUGGGCUGUUGAAAGUGAGAGCAAAGCCAUGAAGCCCUUACACGACCUCCCAUUGGUUGGAUUUGUGAAUUCUUUAGCUUUUGCAAAAUCUGGAGGAUUUCUAGUUGCAGGAGUUGGGAAGGAACCUCGACUAGGAAGGUGGGGACACAUCUCAUCUGCUCGGAAUGGAAUUGCAAUCCAUCCCCUUAAGCUUUCAUCAGAAGAUACAGAUAAUUUUUAGCUCCCAAUUUUGACAAUCAUACACUUUUGCAUCUCCCAAUUUUGACUACAUUGAGUUGAUAAGUCAGAUGAAAUGUUGUUCCUUCUGUUCAAAAUUAUAUAGUUUAGCUUUACUUCUUUUUGUACUGUGGCUUGGUGUGUACCUUUAUAUCUAUUUCAUCUGACAAGGAGGCAGCGGAACAUUUUUCAAUCUGAAUUAGAAUCCGAAAUUCAAUUGUAGAAAGUGAUGUAAAAUUGUUGAGACCUAAAUUAGCAGCCUAUGGCACGUGCUUAUCGAA